AUGAAUGAGAUUUUCAGGCCAUUUUUCCGGAAAUAUGUUCUGGUUUUCUUUGAUGACCUUUUAGUUUACAGCCCUUCAUGGCCUUCACAACUUGAACACCUCCACACGGUUCUGCAGGCACUCCACAACCAUACUUUGUUUGCUAACCGUUCUAAGUGCACCUUUGGCCAGAUUUCUGUUGAGUACUUAGGCCAUGUUGUAUCAACCACUGGAGUGGAAAUGGAUCGCCAAAAAAUUUUUGCAUUGUUGGAUUGGCCUCCUCCUACCUAUUUGAAAGAAUUUUGUGGGUUACUGGGCCUAACAGGAUAUUAUCAGAGGUUUGUGCGUGACUAUGCGAAGAUUGCAGCCCCUCUUACAGACCUUUUAAAGAAAGGCACCUUUCAUUGGACAUCAGCUUCCCAAAGGGCUUCUGUAGAACUCCAGUACGCAAUGACCUCAGCUCUAGUGCUCACUCCGCCACAUUUUGCACUCCCAUUUGUGGUCGAGAUGGAUUCCUCGGGUGUAGGCAUUGGAGCAGUCCUCUCAUAA